AUGGCUGAAGGCAAUGACACUUACGAUGAUGUCAUAAGAAAGCUUGACGAAUAUUUUAAACCGAUCAAAAAUACAGCACUGGCAGUAUAUCUGUUUAGGGAGCUUAAACAAAAGCAAGGUGAAACGGUAGAGCAAUUUAUUACUAGAUUGAAGUCAGAGGCCAUAAACUGUGGGUUUGAAAAUCCAACAGCAGAAAUAAAAGCACAAAUCUUCCAAAAAACAAGUAAUAAAAAAUUCAAACGUGACAUAUUAAAGCAUCCUAAUUGGACACUUGAUGAUGUCGUUAGUGAGGCAAGAUCUCUUGAAACAUCUGAGUUACAAGCAGGUAAAAUUGAAGAAAAAGAUAACCCCUUUGUGAAUCAUUCAACCGUGAAUAAAAUAACGGCAACAAGAGGGAGAGGUAAGCAACAACCUAUGCAACAACCUAUGCAUGAAAGUAAAUGUAAAAAAUGCGGUGGUAAACCUUAUCAUCCACCAACUCAGUGUCCUGCGAAGAAAUGGUAG